GGUGCGCGGAGUGCGCAGACGCAGUCGCCGCACUCGCUGGUGAAAAUGGCCGACAUGGAGACGGAGGUGGACGGAAAGAGCUUGGACAGUGGCAAAGAGCUAGAAGGCGAGGAUGCAGAGAGCUCUGGGAAAAGCGGAAACGAAGAGAAUGGAGACGUAUCGGAGGAAGAAGACAAGCCUGAGUCCAAACACAGCAAACACAAGAAGAAGAAGCAUAAGCAUCGGAGCAAACACAAGAAGCAUAAGCACUCCUCCGAGGAAGAUAAGGACAAGAAACACAAGCACAAGCACAAACAUAAGAAACAUAAGCGUAAGGACAGUGGCCCAAACACCUCUGUUAAUGCCACAAGCAAAGAUGGUGCUUCUCCUUCAAAGCGUCCCAAGCUGGAUGACAUGGCAGUCUUAGAAGAUCUGGAGAAACAGAGGGCGAUGAUUAAAGCAGAGCUUGACAAUGAACUGAUGGAAGGGAAAGUCCAGUCUGGGAUGGGUUUGAUACUGCAGGGUUAUAACUCUGGUUCAGAAGAGGAAGGGGAGAUUCAAGAAAGAGCACGUAAUGGGGAACAGCGAGGCCCUGCCAAGGCUGUUACUCCCAAAAGCCAGGGCAGGUCACAGACAGUCAAGGACUCCAAAAGCAAACGAGAGUCCACUGACCAUAAAUCUAGUUCAAAACGAAGGAGUCGAAGUAAGUCCAAGGACCGGGCGAAACAGCAUAAAUCAGAAAAGAAGAAAAGUAAGAGCAGCGGAACUGAAGGUGGUACCAAAGAUAGGACAAAAGCACGGAGCAGAUCUAAGGACAGGAGGCGAUCUAAAAGUCCCGCGAGGUCUAAAGAGAGGGCCAGGAAAUCAAAAUCUCCAACUACUAGAAGGCGCUCUUCAGCCGAGAGAGCCCGGAAAUCCGCCUCACCCGCUGGUGAAGCAGAAAAAAGCCGAGCAAGUAAGCGAUCGCCUCCACCCUCCAGUGACGGCAAAAACAGGGACCGGAGUCGGAAAUCCAAGUCUCCUGACCGAAAGAGUAGAUCUCGUGAACGAAGAUCCAGGUCCAAGGAGAGGAGAUCAAGGCGUUCAGAGGCCGAGAAAGAGAAGGACAAGGACAAGAAACCAGCCAAGUCGCCCUCUAAGGACGCCUCGUCUGGUAAGGAGAACAGGUCACCCAGCAGAAAACGUGGACACAGCCCGCAAAGACGUAGCUCUUCCCCCAGGCGGAAAGAGAGGGCAUUGAAGCGCAGCAGGUCGCCACCUUCCUUGAACACCCAGGCGACGGACAGGAGGUCAAAGCAGAGCCGCUCUGCCUCUCGAAACAAGUCCCCAGCUAGGAGAGGACGGAGUCGCUCAGGGGAUCGCCGGAGACGAGAAUCGGACCGGCUGAGACUUUCGCCUGUCAGGCUGCGAUCGCGGGAUGAACCGCCAGGGAGGAGGGACAAGUCGAGGGACGCGAGUCCCCUGCUCCCCCGGCGCAGGAUGAGCCGGUCCCCCCUGAGGAGGAGGUCUCGCUCCCCGCUGAGACGCAGCCGAUCCCCGCGCAGGAGAAGCCGAUCACCCCUCCGGAGGCGGUCACUGGAUAGAGACAGGCUAGGCCGGUACAGACCGAGGUGGAGAUCAGGGUCCAGAGAUCGCCGGCGGAGACGCAGCAGAGACAAGGAAGACAAGUUUAAAGGCAGCCUUUCAGAGGGAAUGAAAGCUGAUCAGGAAUCCUCUUCAGAUGAAGUUCUGGAAGAUUAUGAUGUGGAUGAAGAGGAUGAAGAAGCUGUUAUUGAACAGAGGAGGCUACAACGACAGGCCAUAGUGGAGAAAUACAAAUCUGUUAACGAGGACAGCAACAUGUCAGUUCCUUCGGAGCCCAGCAGCCCCCAGAGUAGCACCAGGAGCCGCUCUCCUUCCCCCGAUGACAUCCUGGAGCGAGUAGCCGCUGAUGUCAAGGAGUAUGAGAGGGAGAACGUGGACACCUUUGAGGCCAACGUCAAAGCCAAGCACAACCUCAUCGCUGUGGAAAAAGAUGGAUCAAAUCCAAAGAAGCCAUUAGCUCCAGAUAUGUUUACAGAAUCUGAUGACAUGUUUGCCGCAUAUUUUGAUAGUGCAAGACUUCGUGCUGCUGGCAUUGGGAAGGACUUCAAAGAAAACCCGAAUCUCAGGGAUAACUGGACUGAUGCAGAAGGCUACUACCGCGUGAAUAUUGGAGAGGUUUUGGACAAGCGCUAUGGUGUUUAUGGCUACACCGGCCAGGGGGUCUUCAGUAAUGUGGUGCGGGCCAGAGACAUGGCUAGAGCAAAUCAGGAGGUGGCUGUGAAAAUCAUCAGGAACAACGAGCUCAUGCAGAAGACUGGACUGAAGGAACUGGAGUUUCUUAAAAAGCUCAAUGAUGCUGAUCCAGAUGAUAAGUUUCACUGCUUACGACUUUUCAGGCACUUCUAUCACAAGCAGCAUCUCUGUCUAGUGUUUGAGCCCCUCAGCAUGAAUUUGCGGGAAGUGUUGAAGAAGUAUGGGAAGGAUGUAGGCCUUCAUAUUAAAGCAGUACGAUCAUACAGUCAGCAGCUCUUCUUGGCUCUGAAACUUUUGAAAAGAUGCAAUAUCUUGCAUGCCGAUAUCAAACCUGACAACAUACUGGUCAAUGAAUCUAAAACUAUCCUUAAAUUGUGUGACUUUGGAUCAGCAUCCCAUGUGGCAGAUAAUGACAUCACCCCAUACCUUGUUAGUAGAUUCUACCGGGCACCAGAGAUCAUCAUUGGAAAACCAUAUGAUUAUGGGAUUGAUAUGUGGUCUGUGGGCUGCACCCUAUAUGAACUGUACACUGGGAAGAUCUUGUUUCCAGGCAAAACGAACAACCACAUGUUGAAACUUGCAAUGGACCUCAAGGGAAAAAUGCCUAACAAGAUGAUCAGGAAAGGCUUGUUUAAGGACCAGCACUUCGAUCAAAAUUUGAACUUCCUGUACAUAGAAGUAGAUAAAGUGACUGAAAGGGAGAAGGUUACAGUGAUGAGCACCAUUAACCCUACUAAGGACCUGUUAACUGACAUGGUUGGCUGUCAGCGGCUGCCAGAAGAUCAGCGCAAGAAGGUUAUCCAGUUGAAGGACUUAUUGGACCAGAUACUGAUGCUGGACCCAGCCAAGAGAAUCAGCAUCAACCAGGCACUUCAGCACCCAUUCAUUCAGGAAAAGAUCUGACAACAGAACAAGUACAUUGUGUCUCACAAAAUAGCUACAGAGACUGAAGGAUUCAUAGCAACCAUAUUUUUAAGUAAUGUUUAUUUUUGACCCACAGAUUUUUGUUUUAUUCUGAAAUACAACCAAAGUAGGGGUCCAAGAAUUCUCAGAUGACCAGGAAGACUAAUUUACUCCCUUUGACCAUUGGCCCAAUUUAGUUGGCAAGUUUUCAUUUCCUUACUGGUCAUUCCAGAUGUUCUUAGAAAUUGUUAAAGGUUGAUCUUCCUCCAUUUUUUUUUAUUUCCUUCCAUUUUAAAACGGCUUAUUCUUGGGCCCUUGCAGGUAAUUGUUGCAGAAGAUAUAAUUAUUGUACAUAAAUUAUUGUAUUGUUGAGAUUCUGAUUGUAGCGAAGGUUUAUGGGUUGCCAAGGCUGCACAAAGAAGACAAAAAGCUUUCAAUGAUUGUACACAUCUUUUAUGUAGUGUAUUGUUUCAUCAAUACAUUUUUAUAUAUUCAUGUGUUUGUUCGUGCAGCUCUGGCAACCAGUCUUUCUGUGAAAAGGCCAGCGUAAAUGCUGUUUAUAUUCACAUUUUCCUAGGUGUAUGUGUGCAGGCCACAGCAGCAUGCCCUUGGUGUAUUUCUGUGCCGAAGGGGGUCUGUCCUACUUGAGCCUGCCUGCAGGGAUGGUCUCAUCUUUUAAAGCAGGUUGUGUACCACUUUCAGUACACUGAAGGUAAGCUUAAACCCAUCAACUUCACUGGUGCUCUUACCAAUUAGUACAGUGGCAAGUUUGUUCUGAAGAGUGGCUUUUUGGCAUUUUGCCUCAUGCAUGUGUCUAAAUGCAAAUCCUCCUGAAGCUGUGUGCAGAUGGUUUGUUUUUGUUUUUAUUUAGUUUUUUCCCUCCAAAAUGGCUUGCAAAUGCAAAAGUGUACAGCCAACAAACCAAUUACUGUGGGGGGGAAAUAGGGAAGUUUUGAUGGAUGAUGGCGCCUUCAGUGUACUGCUUCUUUUAUAAAAUCUUUCAAAUCUUUGCAGAAGUGUUCACACCUUUCUCAAAAUAAAGUGUAGUCCAUACAUAAAUGCUUUGUUUUUUCUUUUAGUAAAUGCAUGUCAGGGCUAAAGGGGCAUUUUGUCUUAGUUUUAAAAAGUUGCAUUUAACUUCAUUGAAAGUGUGCACUUUUUAUGAUUACAGACUUUUUUUGUCGUUUUGACUUUUCUCAUUUAUGUGACCGUGUUGUCUUUCAAUACAGGCAUAAUCCUUCUGCUCUUGAGUAUACACCUGCUUGUUUUAAGCGGUAAUUGCUUCUUUACCUUUUCCUUUGUACUGUUAAAACAUCUUGGGGGUUUUAAAAGAACCAAAAGUGUAGUGUUGCCCAAUCUAAUUUUGUCUUUGCUUAUUGUAAUCUCAGUAGACUUCCCUGCAUGUCAAGUGGACCAUGCAGAUUUACUGUAAAUUUUUAUUAUGCAUCAUAAAACAUCAUAAAAUAAAGUCUUCUGUGGAAAAAACGGUUGUAGACAUUAA